CCAUAUUCAACUGAACCUUUCCACUCUCUGUACUGUAAUUAUCUCAGGAUGAGGGUCAGUGUGGUUCUGCUUUGGCUCUUCUUGUCUUGUGUUCAGCUCCAGAGAGCUGAUGACCAGCUCAGAGCGAGGGAUGUGCAGCUUCUGAACAAGGCUAAUGUGGAGAGAUCAGUGCCAGACCAAACCCACGAACAUCAUGAUAUGUGCACCGAGCUGAGAGAGCUGAAGGACAUGGUCACGCAGCUGAGGGAGCAGCUGCAGUCCAGCCAAAGCGAGAUUGAAGAGCUGAAGAAACAAAACGCAGCCCACGUGAAAGUAGCGUUCUCAGCUGCUUUGGGAAAGGAUGGGUACUACGGGCCCUUCACAACCGAUGUUACGAUGACCUUCAAGAAAGUCUUCACAAAUAAUGGAAAUGCUUACGAUCCAGUCACAGGUGUCUUCACUGCACCAGUCAAAGGGGUCUACCACUUCACAGCCACCAUCUUCGGGAUGUACAGCAACCACUGGACGGGCAUGAGGUUUUUCCAUAAUGAAGAUAUACUGUUUACAGUAUCUGACCUUUCCAAUGGAAACCAUGUGAUUGUCAGUAGAGACAUCAAUCUGUCACUGGAGAAGGGCGAUGUUGUAUUCAUAAAACUUACAGCCAACCAUCAGGUUUAUGAUGAAUCCAACAACCUUAACACGUUUGGUGGCUUCCUGCUCUUCUCUCUGUGACAUGGUGAUGGAGGAAGUGUAAUUGUUUAAUUGUUUAUCGCUUUCAUGAUAACUGGACCAAAGGAAACGACCCAAAAUUGCUCAGAAAAAAUUGCAAACAAUAAACAAAGCUAAAACACA